GCAACCACCAACGACCACCGAACUGCCCAUCGUCUUUGGGCGCGUUCAUCUAACUACACAGCGAUGUCUUGUGGAAAUCCACUGUUUCUCAAGUGGGUGAAAGGAUUCCACAGUGAGAAGGACUACAAGAAACGAGGCGGUCCUCCUCGUGCGACUGGGUACGAGAAGGCCAUCUGGGCGCUGCAAGGAUGCUCUGAGAGUUACGAGCAUCCGAAGGAGCUUUUGAAGUUGGAUGGGGUUGGGCCAACUUGCGUGAAGAGGUUAACAGAGAAACUGGAGGAAUAUUGCGAUCAAAGGGGGAUCCCUAUGCCCGAAUAUAAGCCUCCUCCUCGCAAGAAGGCUGCUCCCAGGAAGAAGAAGGCCGAGCCCUUACCCCCCGGUACCAGGAGGAACCUUGUGAAGAUCGUCGAAGCCAAUAACGAGGAUUACCCAAGGCCUGCCACGUUCUCCGCCUCUACUUCUCAAGCUCGUAGCGCUCCCAGCAAACCUGCCAGCAGGCAUCACUAUAGCGAUGAUGAGGGAGAGGAAGAGGGUGGCUCGGACGAUUUGGAACGGGAGGACCUGCUCCCCGAGGAUGAGGUCUGGGCCCCCCCGGGUGGAAGGCCCAACGCCGUUCGUCGCAGCAAAAAAGUCGCUCGUCGUCCCCUCCCGAAAAGGCUUCCUCAGGCGACACCCGCCAAGGCGAAGAAGGGACCUAUCGAGGUCUCGGAUGACUCGGAGAUCGAGCCCGUAUUCCUCUCCGACGAGCCUGAGAUCGAGGUCAAGUCGAGGGCGCAGCAGAAGAGGAAGGCCCCGGAAACAGAUGAGGAGGAGGAGGAGGAGGAGGAGGAGGAGGAGGAGGAAUAUGUUCCGGUUCAGAAGAGAAAAAAGGUUCCACACCAUGAGUUGGCGAGGAUGGCUGCUGCAAGGAGGAGAGCAGAGCCUGUGAAGCGGCGAAAGAUUUGAAUGUCGAUGGGAGGCAUCAGAAUAACAUUAGUUGUUGAC